AAAAUAUUGAGGCAAGUCCCAAGAUUAGAAGAUCAACUAUUCAAGGAAGGAUGCUUAAACGGCCUGCCCAAGACAACAUAUAUAAACAAAGCAGCCAAAGAGAAAUGAGAUCCGGUCUUCGCCACAUAAAGGUUAAUACCUUCGGAAGAGAUCCGGCAGCAUGAAUACGGUUGAACGAUUGGAGGAAGGAUACUCGACUCAACGACCACCGUUGUUUAACGACAAAUUUUACCAAUUCUGGAAGAGUCGAAUGGAGAACUUCAUCAAGGCCGAGAACUAUCAGGUAUGGAAUGUAAUUGAGGCAGGUGAUAACGUCAUUACUAAGGUGGACUCCGAAGGUAAAGUUGUUCCUAAACCCAAAUCUGAAUUCACUACUGAUGAUUAUCGUAAACUCGAGCAUAAUGCCCAAGCAUUGAAAUAUUUGAUCUGUGGACUUGGUCCGGCUGAGCACAACCAUGUUCUUGGAUGCAAAUCCACAAAAACAAAUGUGGGAUUUACUCGAGGUUACACAUGAAGGUACCUCGCGUGUAAAAAGAUCCAAAAUUGACAUAUUUAUGCGUAAUUACGAAUUGUUCGUGAUGAAACCUAAAGAGUCAAUUAGGGAUAUGAUUACACGCUAUACUAAUAUUAUAAAUGAGCUUUCAGCACUUGGAAAGGAUACUACUAUGGAAGAUCAAGUGAGAAAAGUUAUGAGAAGUUUGCCAUCCGCAUGGAAGCCCAAAACUACGGCUAUAGAAGAAGCCAAAGAUCUCUCCACCAUGACGUUAGAAGACCUAACCGGUUCGCUCAUGACAUAUGAGUUAGGCCUUCAAGAAGAACAAGAUGCCGAAAAUGUGAGGAAGGAGCGAGGAAUUGCUCUCAAGGCUCGAGAGGAAGAAGAAAAUUCCGAAAGUGAAUAGGAAGACGAAAUGAGCAUGUUUGCCAAGUAAUUCGGAAAGAUGUACCGAAAGUUUAAAGGCAACCGGAACAAGCAAGGUAAGAAAGGGUUUCAAUCUUUUAAUAACCAAUGUUGUUUUGUUUGUGGAUCCUUUGAGCACAGGGCACAAGUUUGUCCUCAAAAGAAAUAUGAUAGAACCUACGACAAGAACAAGACCAGCUCUCACCGACGGUCCAGUGAUGAUAAAGGGUUCAACAGAGACCUCAAGAAGGCAAUGAUGGCAGCUUGGGGAGAUUCAUCCGAUGAAGAAGAAGAAGAAGAAGAAGAAGAAGAAGAAAAAGGCCUAAAUCAUCCAGGAUUGUGCCUCAUGGCUAAUUCCGAUGAAGAAUCCGACCAAGAGAAUUUCGAGGUAUCCCAGUCAACUUGAUGAACGUCAGGGGGCUCGCUGAUUUGAAGAAGAAAAAGCCCUCCAAAGCCCCGAGGGGAACAGAUGCUGGUGUCCCAAAACCCGCCGGUGACUUCUUCAAGAAACCAGAGGGGCCAUCGGCGGCCCCAAAUACUGAUACAGCUGCCGCUGCCAAGAGGAAAGGCACGGGCAAGGCUCCCGAGAGCAAAAAGCCCAAGACCGGGGAUGCCGGGAAGAAAAGCCCCCCCGGUGGUCAUUGUUGACGAUUGCCCCGCCUCCGGGGUGCACGAGGAGAUGCCGGUGGCGAAAGUGCCGGGGGGUGUCCGGGAGCCAUCUUCCGAGGUCCUGACGGUCUCCCUCCCGGUUGGUACGGCCGUGAUGAAUGGCACGGCUGACCCGAGGGCGCUUCUAAGAGGUAUAACCCUCGAGAUUGACAGAGCAGCCCUCGGGGCUGAUGAUGACCAAGCCCUUGAGGACAGGAUCCUCCGGUCUUCCUUCACGACCUGCAUUUCCCUCGGAGAGCAAGCCCGGCGGCUAGAGGAGUGGCGUCUUUGCAAGGCCGAGCAGGAUGCUAAGAUGCGGGAGCUCAUCCGCCAGAAUUCCGACGCCGUCCGGUAGAUGGCUAUGCUGGAGGAGAGCCUUCGGCAGAUGACCCUGCGGGCGGAGGCCGCAGACCGGGGCAAGGCCGAGGCUGAAAGGUCCGCAACUGAGGCCCUUCAGAGAGCUGCUAGGGAGGCCGAGGCCACCAAUGUGGAGGCCGAGACCGCUAAGGUGGAGGCCGUCGAGAGAGCCCGAAUGGACGCCAUCUCUGGGUUCUUGGCAGGGGGUGGCGAGCUGAGGAGCACAAGCAAUGGCUGUCCUCGGUCGUCGAGUCCUCGGUCGACGAGUGGUGUGAUGGGCCCGGUGUGGAGUGGUUUUCCCGAAAGGGCAAGCAGUAUUAUGAUGGGGGCGAGUUUUUCACCCAAGCCCUCAUCUACCGGAGGAUGGCCCGCCACCUGAAGAUUGAGCCCAAGGAUUUUGACCCGGCGGCAUACGAGCUUCCCCCCUGCAGCCAGACGUUCGUGUUCCUCUCCCCGCCGACGUCGAGAGACCAGAUCUGGAGGACACCGAGCUCAUGAAGGAGGCCGAGGGUGACGAAUCUGAGGCCGGCACAGAGGUCACUUCGAAGCCAUCGGAGGAGACGGCCCCCGGGAAUGUUAACUUGUAAUUUUUUUGAUUUAACAUGUUUUGAACAAUCCCUUUGUAACGAAUGCUUG